UCUGUUCAAAUGAUACACACUCUCUGCACUGAUCAAAACAGGAGGAAAAACUGCAUCGAAACACUUUGCAAGUACCUGGAUAAUAUAAUCGAACACCCAGGGGAACAGAAAUAUCGCAAAAUUCGCACGGGAAAUAAGACAUUCAUGGUAAUGAUCACCAUUGUAUGUAUCUGUAUGUGUGCAAAAUUGAAUUUUGUGCGAAAUUCUCGUGGGCAAAAACUGCAAGUCCUUUUCUCUUGAAACUUUCCUACUGUUCUGUUUACUCCCCCCAAACUCCACCCCCCUCCCAAAGGAGAAAGUAUCGUCUGUCGCAGAGGAGCCGAUCUCUUUCUGGAAACCAUUGGCUUCGAACAGACUCUCCUCCCACAUCA